GUGACAGGAGUCUCGCGAGAACUGCGGGGCGGCGGCGGCGGCGGGAUGUGCGGGGGCUGCGUGGGUACCGAGUACCCGGAGCGGGGUACCACUUGCCUGGAGGGCGGUUCCUUCCUCCUCAACUUCGUGGGGUGCGCACAGUGCGGCCGCCGGGACUUCGUCCUGCUCGGCAACCGCGCUGCCGGCCUGCACGGCGGGGACGAGAUCGUCACCUACGACCACCUGUGCAAGAACUGCCACCACCUGAUUGCGCGCCAUGAGUACACCUUCAGCGUGGUGGAUGACUACCAGGAGUACACCAUGCUUUGCCUGCUCUGUGGCCGGGCUGAGGACUCCAUCAGCAUCCUGCCCGACGACCCCCGCCAGAUGACCCCGCUUUUCUGAAGCUGCCUGGAUGUGGCGGAUGCCUGAUGCCAGAUGCUUCCAUGCACCCAGCGGCAGCUCAGCUGUCCUUGCUGCAUGGUGGCUCUGACCCCAGCUGCAGGGGCAGGGUGGAGCGCUACGGCCCGAGCGCCCCUUGUGCUGAAGACACGAAAGGGGCUUAGUGUAUUGUCACUCCAAAAAGGGGUCCAAGAGAUUGCUCGCCCUGUCCUGCCUCAGGAGCCCACAUGUGUGGGGCAAUAAAUGUGAUGUGUUACA